UGUUAUUUUUUUAUAUAGUAAAAUUCAAACGUUUUCCUCAAUUAAAAUACAUUCACUGAAUAUUAUUUUGAAAAUACGCCCGGAAGCAGAACGUCAUCUUGUGUUAGUUGAUCUAGCUCGAGAAGGAGGAUCGUUGGUUACCGAAAAGUAUAGUGACACAGAACAGGUGAUAAACAAUUAUAGAGAAAAUAGAAUUUAAAACAACAACAGCAACACUCAUAAUAUGCAAAAACAUGACUCUGUUGGAACUGUACACCAAGUACAACAGAGUGUGGAUUCCAGAUGAAGAACAUGUGUGGAAAUCAGCUGAGAUCGUGAGAGAUUUUCACGUCGGAGAUAAUGUUCUUGAACUGCUCCUUGAAGAUUGCACAGAGCAACGUUAUCCCGUUGACCCUUUGAAACCACAACUCCCUCCUCUGCGCAACCCAGACAUCUUGGUUGGGGAGAAUGACCUCACUGCUCUCAGUUACCUCCACGAACCUGCCGUGCUGCAUAAUCUCAAAGUGCGAUUUGUCGAGUCCAGAAUCAUCUAUACCUACUGUGGUAUUAUACUGGUGGCAGUAAAUCCCUACAAACAGCUCCCUAUCUAUGGAGAUGCAAUCAUUCAUGCCUACUCAGGCCAGAACAUGGGAGACAUGGACCCUCAUAUAUUUGCAGUGGCAGAAGAGGCUUACAAACAGAUGGCUAGAAACCACAAGAACCAAUCUAUAAUUGUCAGCGGUGAAUCAGGAGCUGGUAAAACGGUGUCUGCUCGAUAUGCCAUGAGGUACUUUGCUGUUGUAAGCAAAUCUGGCAGCAAGACCCGAGUCGAAGACAAAGUCCUAGCAUCCAAUCCAGUAACAGAGGCAAUAGGAAAUGCAAAGACCACCAGGAAUGACAACAGCAGCCGAUUUGGGAAAUUCACAGAGAUCAGCUUUGACAGAAAGUACCAGAUCAUUGGAGCGAACAUGAGGACCUACCUCUUAGAGAAAUCCAGAGUAGUUUUUCAGGCUGAAAAUGAGAGGAAUUAUCACAUUUUUUACCAGCUGUGUUCUUGUGCUCACCUGCCAGAGUUCAAGAACCUCAGAUUGUUGAGUGCAGAUAACUUCAGGUAUACGUCCAUGGGUGGUGAUGUCACUAUUGAAGGUGUAGAUGACAAGAAAGACAUGGAAGAGACUCGACAGACCUUCUCACUGCUGGGGCUGAAGGAGGACUUUCAGUCAGAUGUCUUCAAAGUUUUGGCCGCAGUUCUUCAUUUGGGAAACGUGGAGAUUGGAGACUCUGGAAAGGACAAAUCAUCAUCAUCAGUUAGUCUCAGUGAUCCACACCUGGCAGUUGUCUGUGAGUUGCUGGGUGUGAGUGCAGAGGAGUUGGUGCACUGGUUGUGCCACCGGAGGAUUGUUCUGUUAGCCGAGACAGUGGUGAAGCCUAUGCCCAAGGAGCGGGCAGUAAAUGCCAGAGAUGCCCUUGCCAAACAUAUCUAUGCACAUCUUUUUGACUGUAUUAUUAUCAGAAUAAACAAAGCGCUGCAGGUCCCUGGAAAGCAACACGCUUUUUCAGGCGUUCUGGACAUUUAUGGCUUUGAAACAUUUGACAUCAAUAGCUUUGAACAGUUUUGUAUCAACUAUGCAAAUGAAAAGCUUCAACAGCAGUUUAACUUGCAUGUGUUCAAGCUGGAGCAAGAGGAGUACAUGAAGGAGGACAUCCCAUGGACUCUGAUAGAUUUCUAUGACAACCAGCCAGUCAUUGACCUGAUUGAAGCAAAGAUGGGGAUUCUUGACUUGCUGAAUGAAGAAUGUUUGUUUCCUCAGGGCACUGAUCAAACCUGGCUGCAAAAGUUGGACACCUACCUCAUCUCCAGUACUCUGUUUGAGAGGCCACGGUUAUACGGCGAGGCUUUCGUAAUACAACACUUUGCAGACAAGGUGGAGUAUCAGUGCAAAGGGUUUCUUGAAAAGAACAGAGACACUCUGUAUGAAGAACUGGUAGACACUAUGAGAGUCAGUAAGUUUCCAUUUCUGGCCAACUUUUUCCAAGAGGAGGAGCCAAGCGCUGUGAGCAGUAAAGGUGUCAAAGUGAGGCCGGCCAGACCUGCAGUUAAACCGACCAAUAAACAGCUGAGAACCUCUGUGGGAGAUAAGUUUUCCAGCUCCCUCUCCUUACUGAUGGAAACACUGAAUUCUACCAUCCCACACUAUGUGCGCUGCAUCAAGCCAAACGAUGAAAAGAUUCCAUUUGAAUAUGACUCCAGGAGGGUCGUGCAGCAGCUACGAGCCUGUGGAGUCCUUGAAACAAUUCGAAUUAGUGCACAAAGCUAUCCAUCCAGAUGGACAUACAUUGAGUUUUACAGCCGUUACAGUAUUCUAAUGACACAUCAGGAGCCAGAUCUCAAUGACAAGAAGCAGACCUGCAAAAAUGUGCUGCAGAGGUUGAUCCAGGACUCCAACCAGUACAAGUUUGGACGGACAAAGAUCUUCUUUCGAGCCGGACAGGUAGCUUAUCUAGAGAAGCUCCGUCUGGACCGACUUCGAGGGGCUUGCAUAACCGUCCAGAAACACGUCCGCGGGUGGAGCCAGCGCAGGAAGUACCUGCGCAUGAGAGAGGCAGCCAUCAUCCUCCAACAGUACAUCCGUGGAAAGAGGACAAUCCGUAAAAUGGUGAGUGCUGCAACACUGAAGCAGGGUUGGGCAGCACUGGUGAUCCAAAGACACUGGAAAGGUUACCGCACGAGACAGAUCUACCAGUUAGUCCGUCUGGCUUCUGUCACCAUCCAGGCUUUCACACGGGGUUGGAUGGCCCGAAAACGGUACAAGAAGAUGAUGGAAGAGCAAAAAGCCCUGGUUCUCCAGAAGUAUGCCAGAGCAUGGCUGGCUCGAAGGAGAUUUCAAACCAUGCGUCGCCUGGUGCUUAAUGUUCAGCUUUCAUUCCGAGUGCAGCAGCUCAGAAAGAAGAUUGAAGAUCAGAAUAAAGAGAACCGGGGGAUGGUAGACAAACUGACCAGCUUGGCCAACACCCACUCUCAAACUGUGGACAGACUUCAGGUCAUGGAGGCACAACUGGAAAAAUCAAACAGCCAGAGGGCAACUUUAGAGACAAGAGAGAAGAAAGUGAAAGAGGAUGCGACUCUGACAGUUGCACAGUAUCAAAAGGAGUUAGAUUCACUAAAACUUGAAAAGAGGAACUUGGAGAAAAAGUUUGAAGCAGCCAUCAAAGAGGCAGAAGAGAGUUUUGAAGUCCUAAGGAGAAAUAUUCUUGACGAGAAAGAAAAUGAAGCAAGGCUAAGAAAGAUUGCUGAGAACAACAAUGAAAUCCAGAGACACGACAGUGAGAAGGAGGUGGAAGCUCUGAAAGAGGAAAUAAAAAAGUUGAAAGAGGAGAGAGUCAUUCUACACAGAAAAGUAGAGGAGGAAGGUCGAGUGAACGCUGACCUCCAGGAGCAAGUCAUCCAGCUCACCAAGCACGUCAAGACUAUACCGGAGCUACGCAGAGAGAUGAAUAACCUUCAAAAUCAGAGGAAUAACAUGGACAGAAAGAUGAAGCAACAGUCAGAACAAGCAAGAGCAAAGAUGAACGAGAUUACAAUACAACUUCUUGGUGGUGUUGUUGAAGAGGAGGUUCUUUUGGGGCUUUCUUCAAAUGACUCUGAGAAGAUUUAUGACAUGGAAGAUUUGCUGGCAGCCUUUGACGGGUUGCAGAAAGCAACCAGAAUACUGGAAAAGCACCAGAAGGAGCAGAAGGAAAGUUACGAGACCCAGCUGGAGGGCUUGCUUUUGAAAGUGGACCACCUUCAACAUGAGAACGGCAGGCUGCAGAGCCUGUUCCAGGAGAAAAGUAACGUCAAUGACAGUAUUCGCCAAGAAGUGUCCAGACUCAACAGUGAGAACUUGCUGAUACCAGAGCUGAAAGUGCAGGUUUCAGAGCUGCAGAGACAGAAACAAGAAUUGCAGGUCAAUGUGGAGGAACGGAACAAAGAGCUAGCAGAAAAAACUGAGGCGAUCACCAGUGUCCAUCAAAUAAAGAUUAAAGAAGAAAGCUCAUUGCGCAGACACUUUGAGGACAAAGCUGAGGAGUUGGAGGAGGUGAAGAGGGAACUUCAAGGCCGCGUAGAGGAUCUGGAAGAGGAGAACGACCACUUGAAGCAACAGCAGCUGUUGGAGAGUGAAGCCAAGAUCAAACUGAGAUUUGAAAUUUCACAGUUAACUGCAGAGACCAUGGAAUUUGAAGAGCAGCUUGACCAUAAAGACAGAUUCAUUAAGAAGCUCCAGAAUCAAAUUAAGAGCCUUGAGACGUCACAGAAAGCCAAGCAAAAGCCUGCACCCAUUAUUCCUAAAGAUUACCUCGGCAUGUUGGAGUACAAAAAAGAGGACGAACCCAGGCUCAUCCAAAACAUCAUUUUGGACCUGAAGCCCAAGGGUGUGGUGGUGAAUAUGAUUCCGAGUCUUCCAGCCUACCUCCUCUUCAUGUGUGUCCGCUAUGCUGACUACCUGAAUGAUGAGGCCAAACUUAAGGCUUUAAUGAAUGCAAUCAUCAGUGCUGUCAAAAAGGUCAUCAUGAAUCACUACAAAGACUUUGAGUUGCUGUCCUUCUGGCUCUCAAACACGUGUCUCCUGCUCAACUGUCUGAAGCAGUACAGCGGGGAGGAGGAGUUCAUGAAGCUAAAUACUCCCCGCCAAAAGAAGAACUGCUUGCAGAAUUUUGACUUGUCAGAACACAGACAGAUUCUCAGUGACCUGGCCAUCCACAUCUACCAUCAGUUUAUCACAGUCAUGGAAAAGGCCCUCACUCCUGCGAUCGUGCCAGGCAUGUUGGAACAUGAGAGUUUACAGGGGAUUUCCAGCAUGAAGCCGACAGGCUUCAGGAAACGUUCCAACAGCAUCUAUGAGGACUCAGAGACCUACACCAUCUCUUCCAUCAUUCAGCAGCUCACUCAUUUCCACUCCACCAUGAACCAACAUGGCAUGGAUCAGGGCCUCAUCAAACAGGCUGUCAAGCAACUGUUCUUCCUCGUGGGUGCAACGACCCUCAACAACAUCAUGCUGCGCAAAGAUAUGUGUUCCUGCAGGAAGGGAAUGCAAAUCAGGUGUAACAUCAGUUACCUGGAGGAGUGGCUGAAGGAGAAGGAACUGCAGAACUCUAACGCGAUGGAUACUCUGAGGCCACUGUCUCAGGCUGCCUGGUUACUGCAAGUCAACAAGUCCACAGAUGACGAUGCCAAGGAGAUCACUGAAAAAUGCACUGAGCUCAACUCUGUUCAGGUUGUCAAGAUUUUGAACUCAUACACACCAAUAGAUGAUUUUGAGAAAAGGGUGACGUCAUCGUUUGUCCGGAAAGUUCAGUCAUUACUCCAGGAUCGUGAAGGGUCCACGCAGCUGAUGCUAGACACAGAUUAUCGUUUCCAGGUCAUGUUUCCCUUCUGCCCGUCCUCGCAGGCUCUGGAGCUUCUGCAGGUCCCAAACAGUCUGAAUCUGGGCUUUCUGACCAGGAUCUGACACAGCCAGCCUCUGACCUUUACCUCCACACCACAUCACUGACACAUAAAGCGGCCUAUGACUACAUCUUAAUGUGUUUACAAAUACGUCAACACUUUAAUUAAACAAUGUAUAUGUUUUUUAAAAUUACAUUCAAAAUGUAGAGCUGCAGCUGGGAUUUCAUAGAAAAGUUUUUCUUUGAAAUAUUUUUUAUCUUCUAUUAAAAUGGCAAUGAUCUGUCAUUAAGUCAUGAAGUGAUAACUUACUGAUUACUUGGUAGACAAAAUUAGACAUUUUGGACUUUGGAAAACUGGAAUGUUAAAAAAAUAUAUCAAUAAUGGACAAUUUUCCACAAUGAGAAUCAUUAUAGGCUAUAUAGGCCUUAUUUACUGUACUGUGAGUUAAAUUCAACCCUAAAUGAAAGAAAGAAACAACAUCAUUGCGACUAUGGUCCUGAGCUUCAGAGGGUUUAGAGCUCAAGACACUUUUCAAACCCCUCAGAACCAAGACUGAAGUAAACAGAAGCUGUGACCUCAGCUGAGAAGCCUCUGUUGUAUUAGCAUUUGUGCAUUACUUAUAUUAAUAAAAUGUUAAUAGUAAAGUAAGACAUCGGAUUUUGUUAAACAUUUUUAUU